AGUUGUUUAAAGGAAGAUUCUGAGAACGACGCGAGAUGGCAAUAGCGUACAUUUGCUCGUCUGAUGGCGAAGUACGGGUACAACACAAAUUGACAUGAACUCUGCGAGCAAGGUUGGUGAAAUUUUCACUGCAGCCGGAGCAGCAUUUAAUAAGCUCGGAGAGUUGACUAUGCAAUUACAUCCUACGACGGACUCACCGGCAGGUAAAUGGACUGACGAGGAAAUUGAGAUGCUCCGUCACUCGGUAAAGACCUUCAGCGAAGAUUUGAACAAAAUAAGUGAGCACAUCAAGGGACGAACGGUCUCUCAGAUUCGGACAACGUUAAAGAAGAAAGCAUUCGAAGAAGCUGGAAUGCCGAUCAGACAACAAAUGUUAUCCCAACAGUCAACGCAACAGUCGACAGUUGUUCAACAACAGCAAGUAUCGAAACAACAAACGGCGAAUCAAGGGUUAAUGGGGAAAUCGGCGGAAGUAACGCUAAACAUGUUAAAUGCACCAGAAUCGGAAGUGGACGUUGAAGGAUUACCCGAAGAGUGUCAAGUGAAGCUCGAAUUCGAAGGCGCGACAGAAGAAGUUGCUUCUUAAGAGUGUAACCUCUUAGGAUCCAACUUUUCAUAUCCCAAACUCUAAAUUUAAGAUAAUUUUCAUAUAAAAUACAUUUAGCGUUAAGUUAUCAUUAUGUACAUUCGUUAAUAAGUUAUGUUUCUCAAUAAAUUUAUAAAAAUCAA